GGGGUACAGAAUUCUGUAUCUUUUUCUUUUGGUUGGUGUACUCGUAUAUGGACAAGAUAGCAGCAAUAGCACCAAUUUCACUUACCCUUGUGAAUCGCUGGAACUAGAAUGUAUUCGGAAUUUCUUCUCCCAUACCAACUGCAGAAAAGUGAGUCAUGAGGAUGGAGAGUCGAUAAAAAACCUGAAGAACGUCGCUUAUGUGCCCAAAGUAAAUGGCACUCUCACCUCGUCAGAAGCUGAGGUUACGUUCCAGGGUUCAACAAUUAAAGAAUUCUACAUAAACGAAGAAACCAAAAACCUCGUAUUGUCCAUCAGCUUCGAGGUAAUGAACCUCUACACGCCUCAUGGACUCGUGAGGAUCGACCUGAGAGGCAGAGAGCCUGUGUAUGUUGAGGACUCUAUCAAUUCUACAUACUCCGCCGAACUGACUGCGAUCAUUCCAAGGGAGGGCCGCACAGGGAUAGACGCAGCUCACAUUAGCUCCUACAACACUAACGCGCACCCAACACUUGAGGUUGGGCCGAAUAUUUCGAACAGUUCAGACCCAAUCGUCUCCAACUACUACGCUGCCUUCUCAGCCGACAUCCCCACCAUGGUCCAGGAGUUGCUGCUCACCAAAGGCCCAUUUUUCUUCUAUGCGUACUUCCAGAACUAUAUUUGUAAUUACGGUAUACAAUACACUGGAGAAGUGAACUCGUAAACAUUUAUUUUUAAGUUUUUUUUUUGUUUUUAAUUAUUUCAGGGAUGUCUGGAAGAAAUAGUUUCAUAACGAUAAGAAAAUCUGUUGUAAGUUACUUUUAUGGGUGUGUAAUAAAGAAUAUCAAUCUGU